AUGAAUGACUCAAAGGCAGGCGGCUCCAAAAGCCAUCACAAAUUCGCCGUCUUCAAAGAAAACGACGGAGCAUCUUCACUUACGGCAGUCACCGUGGAAUCAGACUCGGACGCUAGCAGCACCACCACCCUAGUCGACCUCUUUCCCGAUCUUGCCGUCGCUAGCAGUGAUGUCGUCGAUGAAUCGUCUGCUGAAUCUACCGACGCUACGAGCUCCCAGGUCAGCAGCAGCAGCAACGAGUCAUCAGAGGACGCCGCCAGCGAGGUCUGUCUCAAGAAGAACAACUUCAAAUGCAUCAAGCACAAGAACAGGAAGGAGGAAAAGACCGUAGAAUCAGAGACCGAGUCAGAAGAGUCAUCGGCUGCAAAGAGUACUAGUGAAAAUGAGCCAGCUUCUGACGGCGUUGCCUCUGAGGUUGAUAGUAGCGAGGCGGCCGUGACCGAGUCUGAGAUGUCUGGGGAUGCCUCGUCAAAUGAAGAUGGCACAUCCAGUGAUGCUUCCUUGGAGAAUGAAGAUGCCUCUUCCAGUGCCCAGUCGUCCAACACAGGCACUUGGACGCCUUCCGAAGACGCUCUCAUACUCAGCAUGAAAGCAGGUGGAGAAACCUGGACCGAGAUUGGAAAAGCGAUCAAUCGCGGUAAGAAUGAGGUUAAGAAGCGUUGGCAUGUGGUCAAGGCGAACAACGCCAACUCGACUGAAUCCGAAGGCGAUAAGCCGACAGGCAACGUGACAAAUGCAAUAGGUGAAAGGAACCGCGAGAUCAAAGAAGAGAAAAAGCAGAAGAAAAAGGCCAAGAAACAACAAAAAGCAGAACCUGCCAGAGGCAAGAGCAAGAAAGUUGGGCAGAAAAAGAAACACGCUGUAGAAGAUUCAGCUCAAGACCCAGCACCAUCCGAAUCGGACGACGCACAAAGCUUAUCAUCCUACCGCGCCCGCAUGAAUCUCCUCCAAGAUACCUCUUCAGUGUCCGAGUCCGAGUACUCCUCUGUCAGCGGCAAUGAUAAUAACGACCCUGAUGCGCCUGGUUAUUACGAGCGUGAGCUCAUUCUUCAGAACCGGUACAUCCGCCGGCAUGUCCACCCAGCGCUCUACCCGGUGACCACUCUCGAACCGCCUUCGAAUCCACCUCUCGUUCGUGCUCCAAGCCCUGCCGACAAACGACAGCGUCGCGAUGAUGCCAUCUUUGCGGCUGUGGCGUCCAGACGGGAAGCAACGCGCUGGCUCGAGAUGCAAGCCAACUUUUUCAACGUGACCGGCCGAAUGGUACCGCUUCAUCUGAUCAAGGCGCGCUGUGAGGCCGAAGAGGACAAGGGAAAAGCUGCAGGCGUCCGUCAAUGGGCCUCCUCCGUGGCGGUGAGCGAUGAAUUGCUGGAUCCGCAGGAGCGGGGUGACGUCCCCGACGAUGCCCUCAUCAGUGAUGAAGACUGA